UUAUUAUUACUAUUGCCUCCUUGGGUAUUCGUUUACUUUGCCUGCUUUUGCCUACUUUAUCCUCUUGUGCCUUCUCCACCUGUUUUUCUUUCUCCUCCUCGUCUCUCUCUGCCUCCUCUUGGGUCCACCCACAUAUAAAUACUGUAUAAUACAAGGCACCUUCACCUGCUGCUACUACUGCUGCUGCUGCUGCUACUACUACUACUAGCCGACAACAUCAAUAAUCAUGGCAGACAUUCGCAGUGACAAUGACAAUGGUAUUGCCCAGACCCAGACCCAGACCCAGACCCAGAGCGACACCCCCCGUCAGGAGAAGAGUGCCCAAGUCGAGUCCAAUGGCCCAGAUGGCCAGAGGACGAUUGUCGAUGUGGACCAGAUGAAUGAGGCAGAUGCCCGUCUCGCCGCCCAGUUUGGCUACCAGCCGGUUUUCAAGAGGGAGUUUGGAUAUCUCUCCACCUUCUCUUUCGCUGUCAGCAUCAGUGGCUUGUUUGCUACGAUCAUGACGACCUUCUCGUAUCCGCUCACUGCCGGAGGAUCUGCUGCUGCCAUCUGGUGCUGGCUGAUUUCAGGUUUGGGAUGCAUGUGUAUUGCUUGCUCCGUUGCCGAAUUGGUCUCGGCAUAUCCAACGUCGGGAGGCUUGUACUUCACGAUCUCGCGACUUGUGCCUAAGGAAUGGGUCCCGGGGGUCAGCUGGGUUACUGGGUGGGUCAAUCUUUUGGGCCAGAUUGCCGGUAUUGCCUCGUCGGAGUAUGGGGCGGCUCAGAUGCUCCUCGCUGCUGUUGCUAUCGGGAAAGAUUUUGACUAUGAGAUUACUGCGAAUAAAACGGUCGGUGUUAUGGCCGCUCUCACGGUGCUGACUGGUCUUGUGAACUCUCUGUCGACUUACUGGAUGGAGAAAAUGACUAAAUCAUACGUUAUCUUCCACGUCCUUGUGCUGCUGUCAUGCUCAAUUGCACUCCUAGCCAAGACGAAGGACAAGCAUGAUGCAACUUAUGUGUUCACUAAUGUUGAAUCGACCUCGGGCUGGUCACCAGUUGGGUUCAGCUUUCUGUUUGGGUUUUUGUCCGUCUCGUGGACCAUGACAGACUACGAUGCCACCGCACAUAUUACAGAAGAAAUAUCCGAUCCGGAGAUCAAAGCCCCAUGGGCCAUUUCAAGCGCCAUGCUGUUCACCUAUGUGGCUGGUUUCCUCUUCAACAUCGUGCUCUGUUUUUGCAUGGGUGAACCCUCCGAUAUCCUUGGAAGUCCGGUUGCGCAACCCGUCGCUCAAAUCUUUUACAAUAGUCUCGGAAAGGCUGGAGGCAUCUGCUUCACAGUCUUCGGACUCAUCAUCAUCAUGUUUGUGUGCUUUACGGCUAUGCAAUCAAUGGGUCGGACGGUUUUUGCCUUCUCUCGAGAUAAGUUGUUGCCCUUUUCCUCUGUCUGGACACGAAUCAACUCGAAGACCGGAACUCCUCUAUACGCGACAUGGAUAUCCGUCUUCUUUUGCAUUGCUAUCAACUUGAUUGGGCUUGGGUCCUAUGCUGCUAUUGCCGGUGUCUUCAAUGUCUGUGCCAUCGCCCUCGACUGGAGUUACUGCAUACCUAUCUUCUGUAAACUCGCCUUCGGCAAAUUCGUUCCUGGCCCAUGGCAUAUGGGACGAGCUAGUAAAUUUGUCAAUGCCUGGGCCUGCCUCUGGACAUUAUUCGCCAGCAUCAUCUUUAUCCUACCGACCAUCAGGCCAGUAACUGGCGACAACAUGAACUAUGCAUCAGCCUUCUUGGCAUUAAUCUUAGGCGCUGCCGCAGUUUUCUGGUAUAUCAGUGGCCGAAAAUACUACACGGGACCGAUCACAGAGGCCCAAGAAGAUUAUACUUCCGAGUCGCAUAUGAUUUCCAGUGCUAUAGAACGCAAGUCAGAGAAGGAAAUGGUCUGAGCAAGAGGAUGUGCGUAGUGCACCAACCUGUGGUGAAUGCAGUAAAUGCAAGCCUGAGGGCAGUGCUAAUCGUGCACUGUAUUUAGUAUGUGCUCUCAAGUCCCGGGUAUACAUCAGAGCUGCGUUAGAGCAGUUGCUAUCUUGAUACUCCUUUUUUGUACCCGCGAUAGUCAGAUUACUAUGAAUAUGAUACCCAUAGAACACGAUAUUGUUGCCG